GUGUGCACGCGUGUGUGCGCGUUUUAUAACUGUGUACACGUUGUACGCCAGCCGCUGUAAAGUAUGGCACCGCACAACUACACUACCACAUUUGUGCACGGCGAUCGCGCGACGAACUUUUUCGUGACAGGCGCGAGAGGGUUUCGCUGGAACAUGUGACGAGCUGACGGGAGCUCGUCCGGUCCGGUGUUGGUUGCGACGCAGCGGACUUCCUUAAAAAUAGGAGCUACAGCUGUGCUGCUGGUGCUCGUCGAGAGUCGAGAGACAUAUAGACACCAUCUCCACGAGGGACCGUUGGACGCAGUUGGACAGUCGCGCGGGCAAACAGGUUCGAAGGCUGCGUGUUGAUCUCGGGUGAAGGAACGAUGCAUGGAGAUGCUACCUGGGAAUUAGCCUCCCGACGUUUCUCCACUGCUCGCGGUUGAUCAACACCAGGAGUUAUGUCGAAGCCCGAUGCACCGAAAUUCGUCACGGCGCUUUUCUCCUUCAAGGGAAAGAACAACGACGAGUUGUGCUUCAAGAAAGGAGAUGUAAUAACGAUAACUCAGGUGGACGACGAAGGCUGGUGGGAGGGCACGUUGCACGAUAAGACUGGUUGGUUCCCUUCGAAUUAUGUCAAAGAAUACAGAGUUCCAGAUGGUGGUCAUGCGUCGAUUAAGACGUCUCCAGAAAGGAGUCCACAGGAGUCACCUGCGCAUCAAAAACUCAAUCGCGAUAUAGUGUUAAAGGAUAUCGUCGAUUCUGAAAGGGUAAAUGUAGCUGAACUGCAAGGACUAGUGAAUAAUUUUUUACAGCCUCUCGAAACAUCGAAUAUAUUGAAGAAGGAGGAGUAUAAGCAGCUACUCGGUAAUGUACACGAGGUCCUCGAGACUCACCAAUGUUUAUUGGCAAACUUGGAAGGAACCGUUUUGCAAGGACUCUCUGCAAGAGUAGGGAAUCUUUUCCUGACUAUCGCACCAAGGCUAAAGUCUAUUCACGCUACAUAUUGCAAUAAUCAUCCGCAAGCCGUUUGCAUAUUAGAUAGGUAUAGAGAUGAAUUAAAUGAAUUUAUGGAGCGCAGUGGAGCGAUAUCGCCUGGUAUAUUGGUAUUAACCACUGGCCUCAGCAAGCCGUUCCGAAGAUUGGACAAGUAUUCUGCUAUGCUUCAGGAAUUAGAAAGAUACACCGAAAAAAAUCAUCCCGACAGAGGGGAUACUCAACGUAGCAUAACAGUAUACAGAGAAAUCGCGGAUCAUUGCGCUUCCAUACGUAAGCAACGUGAAUUAGCACUUCAAAUAUUAACUAGUGGAAUCAAAGGUUGGGAAGGUGAAGAAUUAAAUUCAUUAGGCGAGAUUAUUCACGUUGGAUCAGUAACCCUAGCAACUGGCGUAGAUCGUAGAGAUAGAUACUUUGUUUUAUUUCCUACCACACUGCUGGUGCUUAGUACCAGUGCCAGGAUGAGUUCCUUCAUUUACGAGGGAAAACUUCCGUUAACUGGCAUUAAUGUAACUGGAAUGGAAGACACGGAUGAAAUAAGAAAUGCUCUGGAGAUCACUGGACCAAUGAUCGAAAGCAUCGUUGUGCUGUGUGCUACAAGGGAAGAGAGACAGCGUUGGAUCGAUCUCUUAAUUCAAGAACAGUGCACCAGCCUCCUGAAAUCGCCAACUAUCCCUCGUGUGAGUUGCCAUCAUCCUCCGUACGCUCGACUCUCGAGAUACUUUGCGAAGCUCGUGAGGAGAAAAGUCAUAUAUCCUGAAUUAAUGAAGAAAUUAUUAUAUAUUCAAUAUGUCCUGAGGCCAGAUUUGAGUAACGUGAAAAUGAGAAAGUGCAAUGUGACCUAUACUAUUUUUCCCACUAGUGCUAGCGAAGGAUCAGAGUCGGAUACACUCAUUGAAAGUAAUGUGCAAGAGGAGCCGCGAAUAUUGCGUAAAUCCUCGUUAAUACUGGACGUUAGAUAUGUAACGGACAAUACUGAUCUUAGUACCGUCGGAAUCGCGAGCACUUCCUCACUCACGAAUUUCGCGCCGAGAGUUAAUUGCGAGAAUCGAUGUACUUUUGAGACUAGUAAGAGUUUACCUGCUGGUGCUACAAUGAGUCACGUCCUGCCAAACGUUCCGCUCGCGUCAAGCAAAUCGUAUACGUCAAAUCUUCAAGCACGUAAUAAAUUUUGUCGGGAGCAUUUGGAAAUUUCACAUGGCAGAGAUCACAGCGAUCGGACUGCGAAUUAUAAAUAUUUAAAAGCGAUCGAGGAGUUUUAUCCGAAGAACUCGGACAUCCCGGUUCGAUAUUCCGUGACUUCCGCCCAGAACGAUAACUGCGAUAGCGUUGGGAGGGAAUUUCGAGAAAUGUGCGCAAAUAGUAGUUUACGGUCUUCGGACUCGGGAAUGGCCGAGAGUUAUCACUUACGUUCAUCUGAAGUCAAUUCCUGUUACAAGUCAUAUGCAUCUAGUCAUACUAAAUAUACAGAUCCUGUAAGAACAUCUCAUAGCGAAAGCGAUAAUGAUGAGAAUAAGUUUGAGCAUCAGUGUAUUUGCACCUCGCCAUUCGGCUCUACGCCUCGAGAUAGCGCUCACUCGCUGGCUUCGUCCAAAAAUAUUGACGAAUGUACAAGCCUUGCGAGAUCUAACGAUGUCGGUGAUAGCAAUGCUAACGAUGAUCCCGAUAAUAGCGAGAAGAAAGUUCAUGAAACUGUAUUGAUUCAACCUCUGAUAAAUUAUGGAAAUGUACAAGGAAAAAGGUACACGCAACCGAUACCAUACGCGCAUCAGUGCGUAAUUAAGAAAAUCGGGAGACGCGUGGUUCGUCCAAUCCAGCCGAUUAUGGAGGAAUAUGACGAGCCAACAAAUCAAGUGUAUUCAUCUGGAUUAUAUGCUCAUUGGUGGCUCAAGAAAUCUAUCCCGAUAUUUGGAUGCACGGAACAAGAUGAGCAAUCAGCCGAACGGAAAGCACCAACGACCGGCAAUGGAGCAUUGUACAUCUCCAGGGAUUAAGACACCUUGGAGUAUUGCAUCAUUAAGACCUGCACCUCCCCUAUAUUCUCUUAAGAAUUUUGGAAAAAUAGAUACUACUACAGAUACAUCACGCUCAC